AUGCGACGAGGCCGCCGGGAUGGUGACGUGGGUCUGCCCCGGCUCACCGACCGAGCCGACGAUACCCCUACGCCCGGCCCAAGCAGUCGGGUACCAAGACUAAGCGCCGGCCCGCCGGAGGAAACAGUGCCUACCGCCGCCCCUCCGCUCGCCGCCGACGACCAUGAGCACGAAUCCGAAGACGAUUUCCUCCUCGAACUCGCCGCCCGCCGAGCCGAGCGUCAGCUCCAUGAAGCAGCCCUGGCCGCGUUUCCCAGCAACCGAGCCCGUGAGGGUGCCGCAAACCACUUCUACUCUCGCGAGAGCGACAGCGAGACAACAGCCUCAGAGUCUCGGUUUUCGGCUCAGCCCAGCUAUACCCGCCGCCGUGUGCGCGGUAGGGGUGCGGGCUUGAGGCGGAGGUCCACUGACCUCGGCUGGUGGCACAAGGUUAUGCAGGAGCAUGCCGAGCAAAAGGAUGUCGAGUCUGAGCCCGAGAGCAUCGACUGGUAUAGGGAAAAGGAAGAGCUUCAGUGCGCGCCCGCGUCUGUGCCUGUCCCUACCGAGGACAAGCCGCACGCCGACAUUCAGAUUGUUGCCCCCAAGCCCCGCAAGCUCCACAAGGAACAAGGAGGGAUUGCCCGCGCCAUCUGCGCCGAACCCCAGGAAGAUGAGAGUGUCGAUAUGGAGUUUGAGAUUAUGCGAAGGGCUGCUUCGCCGCCGUUGCUAGGAGACAACAUUGUCUUUCCUCGGUGCCACUCGCCCGAACCCUGCAGGCUCUCGACUGACCUUCCCUAUACACUCCGCGCCUUUGAGGAGGGCCGCCGAGACCUGACACAGAAGUCGGGCCUUUGGGGCGGAUAUUGCUACAACUCGGCUGAAGAGCAGCAGAGAGCAGCGGUCGAAGGUGCCAUGAGCAUCACGUGCGCCUCGGUUCUCGAGUCGCAGCCUCAUGCCCUCGCCCUUGAGUCCGUCACCGACUCAUGCUCUUACCUGUCUAUUGUCCAGAGAGAGCGUCUACAACUACCUCUCCUCAGCUAUCCCGCCUCAGCAAGGGCGUUUGACGAGGAGCUCAGCGGCACAACAGGACUGGGACUGGGCCUGGACGACAUGCGUCGCGAUGACGCUGCCAUUCUCGCCAAAGGCCUCAUCUGGGACGACGAGGUUGAGAAGCUACCGGAGCCCGGAAGGUGCGCUCGGUGGAGGGCCCUCAAGGCUUACGUGCACAACUGGGCGAGAGCUCAGGAUGACCUCGACGAACUCUCGCCCGGCGUUCGGGGCCGGCCCCGGCCGGAGGGUAGCUUGAUGGCUUAA